AGCCGGAGUCAGACCGGAGAGCGGCGGCAGCACGGAUCUCUCUGCUCCCGCUGCUGUAUCAAAAGAUAAAGCCUUCCCUAUCUCUCUCUCUCUUAAACCCCCCCCCUUCUCCUUUCUGCAGGAGGUGACAGAUUGACAUCGAGCCCCUGCCAUAACCUCGGAGACGUCGGCAUAUCUGCACGGAGGGAGAAAUCUAAAGUAGUAUUUUUUUCGGGAGAGGGUGGGGGGUGUUCGGGGCUUCCUUACAAACUCAUCUGCUCCGUGUGGCACGAGGCAAUGACUUUCAACUCUUGACGGGCGCGAGGAGAGGAGGAGAGAGGAGAGAGGAGAGAGGAGAGGAGAAGAGAGGAGAGGAGAGGAGAGCCUUUUCGGCACGCGGACACGGACCCGGAAAGAGAGACUUUUAUCAGCGCGCGCGCGCGGCUCGUCGGUGACCGUAAGAGAGACUUUCAUUUGGUCCCCCCGGCUGCGGCUCCACUCGGAGGAACAAGCUCGUCGCGGCGGGAGGAUCGAGCCCGGACGCCAGACGAAUGGUUCGGGCAUGGUGCCCACGCCCCAGGUGUGCGUAUCAACCCUGGUCACGGUGAGCACGAUGGCGGUGGUGGACCUCUACCUGCUGGAGCAGAGCAUGCUGGGUGCUCGCGGCCCCGCGGGGCCCAGCGCGUGGCAGUGCGCGACCGUGUUGCUAGGCGACGCGGGCUUCCUGCUCGCACUGCGCUUCGUGUCGGCCGGCGUGGUGUCGGAGGCCCGCUCGCCCCGCCGGGGUUUCGCCAACGCCCUGUGGUUCCUGUUCCUGUCCCUGCUCCAGCUCAAGCUCUUCUUCGUCUGCCACAACUACCGGCAGGAGCGCCGGCCGCCCGACCCGCUGGCCAGGAAGACCCUGACGCUGCUGCUGUCCAUCUGCCUGCCCUCCCUGUUCCUUAUCCUGACCGGGGCGGACCACAUGACGCCGCAGCGCAGGAAGCAGGAGGUGCGGGGCCGGCUCCUGUGGGUGGUGGUGGACCUGCUGGAUGUGCUGGACCUGCAGGCGGGGCUGUGGGAAGCCCAAGGUGGGGGUACGACGGGGGGGAGCGGAGGGGUCGCGGAGCAGAAGCUGCCCAUCUGGGCUGAGGGCCUGGUCUUCUUUUACUGCUACGCCCUCCUGCUGCUGCUGCCCUGCGUGGCUCUCACCGAGCUGGGGGCCACCGGCCUGCCGGGGCAACGCGGGCCCCGGAAGGAGGCUCUGUACCCCUGGCUCAGCUUGGUCGCCAUCAACAUCCUGACCCUGGUCUUGAGGGGCACGGGCAUGCUGUGGUACAGGGACCCCCGUGUGUCCACCGUGUUCCUGGGGAAGAACCUGCUGGCUCUGGCGGUGAAGCUGAGCGCAGCCUGGGAGAAACACGGGCAGAGCGGGCGCAGCGGCGCGGGGGCCGAGGCCCUGGCUGCGGCGGAACCGCCGGACUCGACCCCGGCGAGCCAGGGGGAGGAGCAGGGGGAGGCGGCCCGGGGGAAAGCUCCGCCCCCCUCGCACUAUCACACGCUGUCUCGCUCCCAGAGCCACACGCUGUCUCACGUCAGCCUGGAGCCCGCGGAGACGCCCUUGGGACCCCCCUUCAUCUCCCACGAGCUCUAGGGAGUCGCCGGAGAAGACAGACGCGAGACGGCGGCCGCAAGCGCCGUCUCCUCCCAACAGAUAACAGUGACGGGUGUCGCGGCCUGAAUCGCAUUCGGCGAGCACGGCUUUCUGCACAUUUUGUUGUGCCCGAGAAAAAAUUUCAAAUGCGUCGCUGGGUUUCUGGGAGGUGCAUUUUCUUUCUUUCUUUUUUUUUUUAAAACACUGAAAACAUCUGUAAAGAAUAUUCCAGAAAUGUACAUUGAGGUCCAGCAGUUUCUCGUUCCCUUCUUUCAUCUCGGCAUAGCCGCCCAAGCUGCCAGAUGCUACUUAAUAUACAUCUGAUCAAUGAGAGACCAAUGCUCUUCUGCCAUUAGAUGACAAAUACAGACUGUGACCUUUAACGUAGGUUUUUCACUUUACAGAGACAAGUUUAAUACAAAGGAGUGAUGAUUUAUUUUGCCCCUACAGGCCCGGGAUUCAAAAGCUGUCUCACACUCUGCUCACGGUGCUCCAGAAUUUCAAUUUAGAGUCGAACCAAUUGGAUCCAAACCUUUUAGGUCUGCAGCGCUUUAAAUCAAAGUCCACUCACGAUCUAAAGUGAUGUUCCCUUCUUUGAUGUUCCUUAUUUAAAUAUAUUAUACAGCUCUGAGGACAUGUCCAGUUUUUCCACAAUAAAAAGGCCAAUAUAAGAGAACAAAAUAAAAACAUGUGUGGCAGAUGUUUCCUCCCCCCCCACAUUCUCUAUAUUGCUCUUGUGAACUUGCAGGUUCGUCUUGCGACGCUUUGGAGGCUCCCGACGACGACACCGGGCGGCACAAUUCAAACCAAGAAGCCAAACCGGCUGAUUCCACUCAGCUGCCUGGAGGGAAAAGUGAAUCUUUGAAAUCGAAUCUCGGAAUUAUGUCACAUCUUAUUGGAUUUGGAUGCAGAAUGUGAACAGAAGCUUUUCAGCGACGCAUACCUUACAGUCACUCUUAUAUUUGGGACCACUUACGCUUGUAAAACCCUCCUACAGCGAUUUCUAACACAACUGCUCAACUCAAGAUGCCAACUACUCAUGAAAGACAGUUUCCAUAAAUAAAAUACUUCAAUGGUAGAGCUUAAAGAUGAGCAUUUUGAAUCAUCUUAAUCCUGUUGCAAGACAGUACAGCUCUGUUUCUAUUUGAAAGAUAGAACACCGCUUUAGGUAAUCCUGUCACUUUUUCAGAGCACAUUUAAAAUUCAUGUUUUGAUAUCUGUACUCAUCGCAAAGAAAAAACUGUUGAGCUGCCUCUCCAACCCUAAAUCCCCCUUUUCACUGUAGAUAAAAAUUCCCUUUUUGAUCCCGUUGAAGGACGGAGGGAACCGUUAAUGAAUUACUUUAGGUAAUUCAUUUUUAGGUAACUAAGUAAAGUUGUUACCGUGUGGUGGUGGUUGUUGUUGUUGUUGUUGUUGGGAUCACGGAUCAGAGCAGCAGGAAGUAGAGUGCAGUCAAGUGCCUCGUUUCCCCACGGAGCCACGAGGCGCGUACACGCAUCACGCGUCCCGCGUGGAACAUGGACAUGUUACAUGUGUGUAGUUUUCUCACAGCUGUGUCUGCUACACCUCCAGGACGGAGUACUUAAUAAAAGUGUCUUUAAUACUC